AUGACGAACGAACUCACCGCAGCACCGGUGCUUUCCACCCCAGACGACCAUCUGUUCGAGUACCAGGAACCAGUAGCCGACGCCCAGAGCCCAAGAUCAGACGAUGAGCUUCGAGAAACCUACGAGGUUGCGAGAGUCGCUCGAGAAAUACGGCAUGGCGCCCACAGGCGGAUCGCCCUUCAAUUCCCAGAUCACAUGUUAGGUGAUGCCCCGAAGGUAGUGACCCUACUGCAGGACGAGCUGGACAGUAUACCACAAGGCGAAGAGAAGGACGACCAGAAGGAUAUUCCACAGGACAGGAAGCAGCAGGAAAAGAUCUACAUACUUGCAGACACGUCGUACAGCUCCUGCUGCGUCGACGAGAUAGCCGCCGAGCAUAUCGAUGCACACGUCGUCGUCCACUUUGGCCGCUCUUGUCUCUCUCCCACAUCGAGGCUGCCAGUCAUCUACGUUUUCACCAAGCAUACCCUCAACCUAGACGACGCUCUGCAAUCCUUCGAGUCCGAAUUCCCGGACAAGGAAUCCAAGCUUGUCCUCAUGGCAGACGUAACAUACCAGGACCAUGUGCCCGAAUUAUACCGACGUGCCAGGGAUCGCGGUUACACGGAGCUACUCUCUACCAGGAUACAACAUGACCCAUUAGGAAGCAUACCAAACCGAAUCAUAGUAGAUCCAGACGACAACCAAGUCAAGGUUGGCGAGACAGACGGCAUCGACCUGAAACAAUACUCAAUAUUCCACAUCUCAACACCACCAACCGCCCUGCUAUUGGCCCUCUCCUCACGCGUGUCCUCCCUCCAUAUCUUCUCAACGCCGGGCUCUCCGUCCUCCUACUACUCUCCCGCCCGGACAACCCGCGCCCUGCUAGGCCGCCGAUACGCAAAGCUGCUCAACUUGACCACCGCCGGAAUAAUAGGCAUCCUGGUGAACACGCUCUCCGUGGCCAACUACCUGUCGUCCAUCGACGCGAUAAGAAAACAGAUCGCGGCCGCAGGGAAGAAGAGCUACACCGUCGUCGUGGGUAAGCUCAAUUCGGCCAAGCUGGCUAAUUUUGCCGAAAUGGACGGCUGGGUGGUCGUCGGUUGCUGGGAGAGCAGUCUCGUGGAAGAAGACGCAGGGUUCUACAGACCCGUUCUGACGCCAUUCGAGCUGGAGGUUGCACUGAUGCCGGACGAGGAGAGAGUCUGGGGACUGAGUUGGUGGGGAGGAAUUGAAAGCGUAAAGGCUGUUGAGGAAAAGCCUGAGGCUUCUGGAAUGGGAAGGUCAGACGACAAUGUCACUGCAGACAGUGGGGUUGACGUGGACGAGGACGAGGACGAUGUACCGGUGUUCGACCUUCGGACUGGCAAACUUGUGUCGAACGCUCGACCUAUGCGUGUGGCGGCUCGCGCGGCUCGCGACGCCAAGAGAGAGGAAGCAACGGAUUCAGCUACCAGCAAGCAGUCAGAUGCGCUGACUAUGCGUCCAAAAGCGGAACUCGCAACCAUCAACGGUGUGUUCAGCCCAGGCGCGGAGUAUCUACGGUCGCAAAGGACAUGGCAGGGUCUUGGCACCGAUUUCGAAGAAGAAAAGAGCGCUGCUAUCGAAGAAGGGAGGAGUGGCGUGGCGAGAGGGUAUACGGUCGGUCAGGACGACGAGAGAAGAUGA